AUGAUGAUGACGAUGUCGAAUGGCGGUGCGACGAAUAGCGGUGCGACGAAUAGCAGUGCGACGAAUAGCGGUGCCAUGGCGAAUGGCGGUGCAGCGGCGAUUAACGGUGGAGCGGCGAUUGGCGGUGGAGCGGCGGCGGAUAAAAGCGGCGCCGCGACGGGUUUCGGAACAGGCAGCGGCGAAGCGAGGGGAGGCGGCGGGAAGUCGGCGGUGACGAGCGCGGGAACCGGCGACGGCAACGGGUCGACGGAAGAAGGCGCUUCGGUGGGGAAGAAGUCGGGAGGCACGAGGCGGCUGGCGGAACGCGGAGCGGACGGGAAGCGGCCGCGCAAGCGGUGCAAGCUGGUGCUGUUCGAGAGCCGUCUGCCGCGCGACGGGUUCGUGUGGCUCAAGUACGGCCAGAAGGAGCUGUCGGGCGGCACCAUGACGAGUAACGCCCUUCCCUCUUGCCCCCUCCCCUUCCGCUCUGCUGGCGCGCUCCCCGCUUCGCGUGCUGGUGGCGGCAGGCACUACUUCAAGUGCAACGCGGCGGACUCGGCGGCUGCGUGCGAGGCGAAGCGCAUCGUGGACUACAACAAGGUGGACCCCCGCCACCCCAUCCGCGUCUCCACCACCGGCGCGCACAACCACGACGCGCCCGCCGCCCCGCUCGGCCUCAGCCUGUGCAGGGAAGGGGAGGCGGCAGGCGAGGGGGGCGCGGGGGCCGCGGGGGGCGAAGGGGACGACGGGGAAGAGGGGGAGGAGUUUUAUGAGAGAACGGGGGAAGAUCGGGAGUGGGGGGAAGAGGAGGAGUACUACCAGCAGCCGCCGCCGCCCCCGCCAUUGCCACUACCACAGGCGCCGGCACUGCCGCCGCCGCCCCCGCAGCAGCAGCUGCAGCAGCAGCGGUCCCCUCUGAUGCACCAACUGUCGGCUCCUGUUGGAUUCUCCGCCUCCCACUCCCACUCCCCGCACGCUUCCUCCCUCCCACCCUCACAAGCGUUCGCACAUGGCGACCGGCGGCUGGCGCUCUCAAACCCGCGCACCCACUCCAAGCCCUCCGCGCCCCCUUGCUCCCCCUCCCACCUGCCCCUGCACGCCCCUCCGCCGCCGCCCAACGCUCUUCCAGACCAGCACGGCGGGGCCCUGGCUGCGUUUCCGCAGCAACAAAUAUCCUCGCUACAAUCACAGAACGUAUCCUCGCUGCAGCGACAAUCCCCCUUACAGCGUCAAUUCUCGUUGAAGCAACAAGACAUUUCUUCAUUACAGCCACAAGCCAUGUCCUCCUUACAGCGCCAACCCUCGUUACAGCCACAGGCCCUGUCCGCCUUACAGCGGCAGUCCGCGUUACAACCCGGCUCAAUGCUUCCAGGAGUGGGGUGCGCGAGAGGCAGAGUGCGCAUGGGGAGUGCGCUGACGGCCCUGGCAUGGCGGCAGGGGGGAGAGCUGGAGGGGCAGCACGGAGGGCAGGGACAAGGGUGGCGGGAGCAAGGGUGGCAUGAGCAGGGGCGGCAGGAGCAGGGGCGGCAGGAGCAGGGGCGGCAGGAGCAGGGGCGGCAGGAGGAGGGGCGGCAGGAGCAGGGGCGGCAGGAGCAAGGGCGGCAGGUGCAAGGGCGGCAGGAGCAGGGGCGGCAGGAGCAGGGGCGUGUGGGAGACACGGCAGGAGUGUCGGAGGCCGCUCAAGAGGGCAGGCAAGCCGUGUCGCCCCCUCUGCCCACACCCAUGCCGCCCGCACCCAUGCCCGCACCCAUGCCCGCACCCAUGCCCGCACCCAUGCACGCACCCAUGCCCGCACCCAUGCCUGCACCCAUGCCCACACCCAUGCCCGCGCCCAUGCCAGCAGCGGUGCCAGCAGCAAUAUCUGGAGUGGGCAGGGAGGGUGGAGCAGGGGAUUGGCUUGCGGAACGACAAACAGCAAGAGCGGCAGAAGCAUCUGACGGGCAGCCGCGGCCGCUUGGGCGCACAGCAUCUGCACCCGUGGGGCGGAUUGGGGCGGCGGAGGGGGGUGGGGCAGCGGCGGGUGGGGGGCGAGGGGGGCCUCGGCAGGCGUUUGGCGUGGAUUGCUCCAUGCCUCUGCUGCAGCAGUGGCUGCAACACCGCGCCACACAAACCCAGCAACAGCAGCCGCUGAGCCCACCGCAGCCGCCAAGCCUUCCACAGCAGCAAAGAAUCCAGCGGCCACCUUCACAGCAGCAGCAGCAGCAGCAGCAGCAGCGAACACAAGAAGCGUCGGGCGCACCGACGGGUGAUGGACACCCCAUGGGAGCAAUGAGACGGCACGAGGACGGUGCGAUGGGAGCAGUGGCGACGGCAGGCGCAGCUCAGGCAGCAGAGGGAGCGCCUCAACGGUUGGUGCGGCAGGGCCAGGCACAGGUGGCAGAGGCACAGCAGGCAGCACAGGUGGUAGCGCAAGCACAGCCCAGGCAGGCAUCACACAAAUCAUCAGUUCCCAUCCCAGCAGCAGCAGCAGCACCACUAGAGGCAGAGGCGACAACCCGAGGCACCUUUCCUGAUCAUGCAGCGCAUGCCCCACGCUCAGCGCCGCCAGGGUCAGCGGCGCCACACGCGGUGGUGGCAGCGCGGGUGGAGGCGCUGCGGCGGCAGCAGGAGGAGGCGACGAGGAGGGAGGUGGAGGCGGCAGCAGCGGUGCGGCAGCUGGAGGCGCAGCUGGAGCAGCAGCGCGCCGCCGCCGCCCAGGCGCGCGCCCGCGCUGCUGCCGCCCAGGCGGAGGCGGAGAUGAAGCUGGCCGCCCUGCGGAGACAGCUGCAGGCGGAGCACAGCCCCCGCGACGGAGGAGCGGCGGCUGGGGGCGUGGCGGCGGAGGGGGUGGCCGCUGGUGGGGUGGCGGCUGGGGGUGUGACAGCUGGGGGAGUGGCGGGCGGGGGUGUCACCUCCGCUUUCGCGCCAGUCACCACCUCCCCCACUACCAGCCAAAAUUGCACCCAGGAACGCGGCGACAGCCAGUGCGAGAACCAGGGGGAGAGUGGGAGCAUGAGAGAGGGCGCGGGAAGGGUGGAGAAUGGCGGUGGGGAGGGAGGGGGGCAGGGGGGUGCGCGGGGCAGGAACAGCAGCACGGCGGCGCUGGCGCUGUCACUGUCGUGUGUGGCGCUGCGCCUCGUGCUGCAGCUGCAGGAGGCUGCCAGGGCGGAGCAGCAGGGGGUGGUCGGUGCGGAGGAGAAGCAAGCAGGUGGUGGCGGAGAGGCGGAUGGACGGAAUGGGUCGGAGCAGUUUGGUGUGGGCAUGGUGGCAGCUGCAGGUGGAGGUGUGGAAGUAGGUGGAGCAGGAAGCAGAGAGGGCUGUGGAGGGGGUGGAGCAGGCAGGGAAGCGCCAUUCCUUGAUGGCCCGGCUCACAGCGCUCCUGAGAUGUCCACGCUCACUGCAGCCGCCGUGCCCACUGCCUCAUCCAUGGCUUUCCCCGGUGCUUUUCUGCAGGCGGGGGGCAUGUGGGAGAGCAGGGGCGGUGUGAGGAGCAGAGUGGAUGCCGUGGGCAGCAGCACAGGGGCGCCGCCCCCCAGCCCCGCGGACUCACAUGCGCCCUGCAGUGCUGCCAGGCGUGUUGACGUGGAGCUGCGCCUCUGA